AACCUCCAACCCCUGACAAAAGAGCUUCAGCAGGAGGAGAGCAGGCUGCCCAAAUUUAAACAGAAAGUGGUUGAGGCCAAGUCUAAAGUUGAUGAGUGCGUCCAGAAACAGAAGGACAUACAAGAGCAGCUGAAGCGGAUGGGUGACCAAGUGCAGGACCUCCAACCAGCAUAUACUGCUGCCAAAGAAGAGGUCUCUGAAAAAAAAAAAGUGGCCAGGAAUACACAGAAUGACCUGAGGAAAGUUGAGAGCUAUUUAAGGAAGGUACAAAAGGACAGGCAUCUCCUCCAGGAAAGGAUCAAAGAGAUACAGAAAAGUGCUCAGCGUGAUUAUGAGGCUGAGAGAAAGAUGAGGGAGACGAAUAUAAAACAUAAAGAAGAUGAAGUGGAUGCUUUGAAAGCACAACAAGCUACAACAGAACACCAGCAAGCACAGUACCGUCAAGCCAUCUCCCAAGCUAAACAGCGUGAAUACACACACAAUGCCGAGCAGCAAAAUGUAGAAACAAGAGUGAGACAGGUCAAGAAGGACUUGCAGAAUCUUAGUGAAGCCAAGAAGGACAACAUUCGCAGAUUUGGGCCCUACAUGCCAACACUACUACAGCACAUAGAGGAACGAUGCCGUCGUCAUCAAUUCCAUCGUCGACCAGUGGGGCCAAUAGGGUCCUGUUUCAAGUUAAUGGACAUGGAGUGGGCAUUUGCUGUGGAACGGUGCCUUGGAAAUCUGAUACAUGCAUUUUGUUGUCAUGACCACCACGAUGAAGCAAUUUUGGAAAAGAUAUUUGAUGAUGUUUGUCCUGAGAGACAAAGGCCAUCCAUUAUUGUUUCUGCAUUCAAGGACAGAAAGCAUGAUGUCAAUAAAGGACGUGUGAACGGAACCAACUACAAGGCUGUAGUGGAUGUGCUGGAAAUGAAUGAUCCUGUCACUUAUAACUGUCUUAUAGACCAGAGAGGAGUGGAAUGCAUCCUCCUUAUCAAAGACAACAGGAUUGCUCGUGAUGUCAUGGAUCCUGAUAAAAGGCCAGGGCCACCAAAAAAUUGCAGAGAGGCAUUUACUGCAGACGGAGACCAGUUGUACUGUCACCCAUCCCUCAGGUACUACUCCUCGAGGGGAGGGCGCGCCCGCUUCCUCUCCAUUAAUGUGGAGGAGGAAAUCUCCAGAAACAAAGAGGAGCUGCAGUCUCUAGCCAACGAUAUAACAACUAUAGAACGGCAGCGAGACAGAUUUAACGAGGAAAUACGUACCAACAAAAUAGAGAACAACAAGACCGAAACUCAGCUGACAAAGAUUGGCCAAAAAAUCAGAUUACUCACCGAUGAAAUCCAAGAUCUGAAAAGUAUUGAGGACCCAGAGCCUGUUGACGUUGAAACUCUGGAAGAAGAAGUACAGACCAUGAACGACCAGAUUCAGAUCCAUGAGGAACAGCGACAGGCAAAGAAUGAAGAGCAUGACAAGGCCAAGCAGGAACUAAACCUUGCUGAAAAAAAGUUCAAGGAAGUGGAACACCAGAUGCGGUCUAUGGCAGAAGGGGCAGACCCUCUAAAGGAUGACUUAGGACAUGCCCAGAAUGAAAUUGAGCAGGCAAAAUCUCACAAAAAGCAUUAUGAGCAAAAGCUGAAGGAACAAGAACAUAAAAUUGCAGACCAAAAGAAAAAAGUUGAGAUACUGCAGAAGGAUAUUGAGAAUGACACAACCAAAGCAGAGCAGAUAUGCCCUCGGAAGGUCAAUAUGCGGAGGACUGUGCAGAACCUGGAGAGUGAAAUCAAUCAUAUCACCAAACGCAUAAAGAUGGAGGAGAAGAGCCAUGGAAACCCCAAUGAGAUUACUAAAACAUACUACGAAAAGAAGGGCUCGUACAAAAAGAUCCGGGAUGAGGUCAAACAAUUCAAAAGGUUUAUGGACCACUUAGAGAAAGUCAUGGUCCAGCGACAGCAGCAGUACUCUGAGUUCAGACGAUCAAUCGCCUUAAGGGCCAAAUAUUUUUUCAUCAUACUUCUCAGUAAUAGGAAGUAUACUGGAAAAAUGACCUUCAACCACCCUAGGGAGACAUUGGACAUUUCAGUACAGCCCAACACAUCUAAUGGAGAUGGAGCAAAGGACAUGAGGUCUCUGUCUGGUGGAGAGCGAUCAUUCUCCACAGUUUGUUUUAUCCUGGCCCUCUGGGAUGCCAUGGAGUCACCUUUUCGAUGUCUGGAUGAGUUUGAUGUCUUCAUGGACAUGGUGAACAGGCGUAUUUCCAUGGAUCUAAUGCUGAAUGUAGCCAAACAACAGCUUCACCGACAGUUCAUAUUCCUGACUCCACAAAAUAUGGGCGAGUUGGGAAUCAAGGUGAAAGGGUUAAAUGUCUUCCGUAUGCCUGACCCAGACCGAGGACAGGAUGUGCUGCCAUUUGAGCCAUUGUCUAGACAACGGGAGGAGGAUGAGGAAGAUUAAUUGACAACUAAGGAAAGACAAUUCAUCCAUAAUAAAGCAAGGAUAAGGAUGCCUAUGUUGAAAUGGGACAUUACAAAACUACAGGAAAUUGUCAGGAAUAAUUGAAGUAGGUUUAGUUUGGCUUCAAUCUUUCCUGGCAUGGAACACACCACUUUGUAUAUGGAAUUAACUUUUAUCUAUUGUGACAUGGAGAGUCUAGUGCUAACAAAACCAGACAAGUUUACCAUUUAUUUAUAUUUUUUUUAUUUGAAUCAGUGGUAUGAAAACAAGAAAUAAUCAUUCAGGUGUUAAAGGGAGUAUUUUAUAAAUGAUCUGUUUAUCCAAAAUUAGUAUUUUAAUAUUACAUUGAUGUAGUAAUCUUCAUGGGGGGGAAAAUCUGCGUUUUCUUUCUACGUUUGUGGUUCACUUGGAGGUUGUCUAUUUGAAGAGGGAUUUCUUUCUAGUCAUGUUUUUUUUUUUUAUCAAUAGACUUUAAAAUAUUUAUUUUAUGAAGGCACAGUAAAACCUUCACUCAUAAAGUUUGAUUUUCUUUCUCCAGAUUCAGAUAUGUAGUGAAAGUUUUGAUUCGUGUUUUAUUCAUAUUUCUGUCAUGUAUUUGGACAGAGGGGGUAUAUGAUAUUCAUAUGAAUAUCAAAACGCCUUGCAAAAUGGAAACAAUGUAGAUUUUGAUGUUGUAAAGAUAUUUUAAACUUUAUUUUCAUUUAAAAUCAAAUUUCAUUAGUAAAUACUCUACCGCUAGAACCUGCUAUUAUAUAUAAUUUUAAUUUUUAAACUUUUGAAAACAUCAAGAAAUACACCUGAUCAAGCCACAUUGGGAUGUUAAAAUGGUAAAUAAUAAUUAGACAUUAUUGUUAUUUGUUGAAUUUUCAAUAAAAUUACUAAAGAUGA